AUUGCAAAAUUCUCAUAUCUAUUAUCACAUACACACACACACACGCACACUCGCAUUUAUUGUCUCGAUAUCACUUAUGCAAUCAAUUCGCAUGCAUUUGGUGUCAAUUGUUGGACGCUUGACCAACUGAUCAAGUCGUCAAAAACAUUUCGAUCUGCAUAGAUCGUCUAUAAGAAUACUGAUAAAACAACAGCAAAAAGCUGGCUUAAUAACUAUUUUUUGUGCAAAAGACUUGGAUUAAAAAUCGCCAAAAUUGUGGAGGCAAUUAAAAUGAAGACUGAGCUGCGUUCCUGCGCAGCGUGCGGCGAACCAAUCUCGGAUCGAUUUUUUCUCGAGGUUGGCGGCUGCUCGUGGCACGCCCAUUGCCUCAGAUGUUGCAUGUGCAUGUGCCCGCUGGAUCGCCAACAGUCGUGCUUCAUCAGGGAACGUCAGGUCUACUGCAAGGCCGACUACAGCAAAAAUUUCGGCGCCAAGUGCUCGAAGUGCUGUCGCGGCAUCUCCGCCUCCGACUGGGUGAGACGAGCGCGCGAUUUGGUAUUCCAUUUGGCGUGCUUUGCCUGCGAUCAAUGCGGACGGCAAUUGUCCACCGGGGAACAGUUUGCGCUCAUGGAUGACCGGGUGCUCUGCAAGGCUCAUUAUCUGGAAACGGUCGAGGGUGGCACCACAUCAAGUGACGAUGGCUGUGAUGGUGAUGGUUAUCACAAGAGUAAAACGAAACGCGUGCGCACCACCUUUACCGAGGAGCAGUUGCAAGUGCUGCAGGCCAACUUUCAGAUUGACAGUAAUCCGGAUGGCCAGGAUUUGGAGCGCAUCGCGUCAGUAACUGGUCUGAGCAAGCGCGUGACGCAAGUUUGGUUUCAGAAUUCGCGGGCGCGUCAAAAAAAACACAUACAUGCUGGUAAGAACAAAAUACGCGAACCGGAAGGAAGCUCAUUUGCGCGUCAUAUUAACCUGCAGUUAACGUAUUCAUUUCAGAAUAACGCACAGAAUCCCAUGCAUAUGAAUGGCAACAAAGGGGCUCUAUAUCCAGCGCAUGAAUCCUCCAUGGAUGAACUGUCGCAGGAUUCGAGCGUUCACUGUAUGCCCAGCGAGGUGUGACUGCAGCAGUCCUCGCCAGCGCGUGCCCAUCGCUAGCUCAGUGGAUGAUCAGACCAAUGGAUCAUCCUUGGAGCUGUGGCAUUAGCUGGCUGUGGGCUGCUACUUAAGCAACAAGAAAUCUAUGAAAACACACAUACAAACAAAA